AUGUCGGGAAGAAAUCGGAUUCACCGAGAGAUUCGAGACGGUUUUCAUGAUCGGCGUGGUUUUUCUCCCGAAAGACCUUUUCUUCGAGUCCCUCCAUUGAUACAGCCUCCACCUCCAUCUUUGUUAGAAGAUCUUCAAAUGCAGGAGGUUGAAAUUAGGAGGCUUUUGAAUGAUAAUCAUAGAUUAGCCGAAGACCGAGGGCUUCUGCAACGAGAACUCAGUGGUGCUAAAGAAGAGCUUCACCGAAUGAAUCUGAUGAUUUCUGAUCUUCGUGCUGAACAAGAUCUGCAGUCGAGGGAGUUUAGUGAGAAAAGGCAUAAACUUGAGGCCGAUGUUCGUGUUAUGGAGUCUUAUAAGAAGGAGGCUUCACAGUUGCGUGGCGAAGUUCAGAAGCUAAAUGAAAUUAAACGUGAACUAAGUGGUGAUGUUCAGAUACUUCGGAAAGAUUUGGUUAAAUUGCAAUCAGAUAACAAGCAGAUUCCAGGUUUGAGAGCUGAGGUUAAAGACCUUCAGAAGGAGCUUAUGCACGCUAGAGGUGCGAUUGACUAUGAGAAGAAGGAAAAGUUUGAGCUUAUGGAGCAGCGGCAGACAAUGGAAAAGAACAUGGUUUCUAUGGCGCGUGAAGUUGAAAAGCUACGAGCAGAACUUGCUACUGUUGAUAGUAGGCCGUGGGGUUUUGGUGAAUCAUAUGGGAUGAAUUUCAACAGUAUGGAUGGCGCUUUCCGUGGUUCUUAUGGCGGAAACGAUAGUUUUUUGGGAUCUUCGGAUAGGAGUCAAUAUUACAGCCAUGGGUCUGGCUCGCUGAAGAAACCUCGCUUGGAUCGUCAUUGA